AUAUUGCUUGGUUGUGCAUCAUGAUGCCAUACCCAAAUUAUCCUUGAACCAACAAAAAAACACCUUUCCCUAUACUUGCAUAUCUUUCCCUAUACUUGCAUGUAUAGUAAUUAAUUAAACAUUUUCAUUUCAUUUUGUAGCUAAUGGCUUUCCCUAUACUUGCACAUCUUUCAUUUAAGAUGCUUCUUCCUAUGGAAAAAAAGUCUUCUUCUAUAGCAAUAUGGAACUCCAAUUUCCCUCGUACAACUCAAUGCAAGGCAACUUAUAAGGAUGCAAAAGUUCAUAGUAGUCAAACAAUUACUCGUCGAUCUACUAGCUUUCAACCAUCAAUUUGGACCUAUGAUUACAUCCAAUCAUUAAAUAGUGAAUAUAAGGAAGAAUUGUAUGCAGUGAAUUGCAGAAUGCUAAGGGAGGAAGUAAGGAUGAUGUUGUGCAAAAUGGAAAACGAAGUUGAUCAACUUGAGUUUAUUGAUGUAUUGCAAAGGCUUGGAGUGGCUUACCAUUUUACCGAUGAAAUAAAAAACAUAUUGGACAACAUUUACAACACACAAACAUCCAAGUCGAAGAAGAAUUUACAUGCCACAGCACUCAAGUUUAGACUCUUAAGACAACAUGGUUAUGAUAUAUCUCCAGAUAUUUUUAUUUGCUUUCAAGAUGAAAAGGAUAAUUUUAAGAAAUGCUAUACUUUUGAUGUUGAGGGAGUGUUAUCAUUGUAUGAAUCAUCAUUUCAUUCAUUUGAAGAUGAAGCUAUAUUAGAUGAAGCUAGAGAUUUCACCUCAAAAUGUCUCAAAGAGUAUAAUUUUAAUCAAAAGAGAAGUACCUACAUAUCACUUCUAAUUAAUCAUGCUUUGGAGCUUCCACUACAUUGGAGAAUUCCUCGAUGGGAAGCAGUGUGGUUCGUUAAAGCAUAUGAAAGAAAACAAAAUAUGAAUCUAGUUAUACUUCAAUUUGCUAAAAUGGAUUUCAACAUUGUUCAAAGCAUCUAUCAAGAAGAACUCAAGCUUGCAUCAAGAUGGUGGAAUAGAAUUGGUCUUGGAGAUAAGUUAAGCUUUGCUAGAGAUAGGUUGGUUGAGAACUUUGUUUGGAGUAUGGCAACAAAUUUCAAGCCAGAAUUUGAAUAUAUCAGAGAAGUAUUAACAAAGGUAAAUUCAUUUAUUACCACAAUUGAUGAUGUUUAUGACGUGCAUGGUACCUUGGAAGAAGUAGAACUCUUCACAAAAGCAAUUGAGAGAUGGGAUUUAAAUGUCAUGGAUCCUCUCCCAUACUACAUGAAAAUAUGCUUUCAUGCACUCUAUAACUUUGUGAAUGAAAUUGCAUUUGAAACCUUGAAAAAUAGUGGCCACUAUAUCACUCCAUACCUUAAGAAAUCGUGGGCAGAUCUAUGCAAAGCAUAUUUGAUUGAAGCAAAGUGGUACCAUAGUGGAUAUACUCCAACCCUUGAAGAAUACUUAGAGAAUGCGUGGAUAUCCAUAGGUGCACCAGUUAUACUUACACAUGCUUACUUUGUGAUUCCACAAUCAUUCAAAAUGGAAGACUUGGCUCAUUUAGAAGAAAACCCCAACAUAAUUAGGUUUUCAGCAAUGAUUUUACGUCUUGCUAAUGACCUUGGAACAUAUAAACGUGAAAAUGAGACGGGUGAUAUUCCAAAGUCAAUUCAAUGCUACAUGAACGAAACUGGAGCUAAUGAAGUAGAGGCUCAUGAGCAUGUUAAGUCCAUGAUGUUUACAAUGUGGAAGAAAAUGAAUAAAGAAGCUCAUGAUUCAUCUUUCUCACAAAGUUUCAUAGAUACUUCCAUAAAUCUUGCUAGAAUGGCAUUGUGUAUGUAUCAACAUGGAGAUGGUCAUACCGUCCAAUGUCCUAAAAUUCAGGAUCGUAUAAUAUCAUUAAUUUUUCAGCCUAUUUCUAUGAGGAGUGUUAUCUAAACACAAAAUUUGGGAACACAAAAUUGACACACAUUUUUACCCCUCACAAGCACGGAAAUCGAUGCAUGCAAAUAAUAUUAAAAAAACAAAAAACGUAUAUUUAUUGUAUUUUUAUUUCAAAAUUGUGUUGGAAUAACAUUUUCCUACUCCUAUUAUAUGUACGAAACAUUGAUAGUUAAAUUAAAUUUCUUAGUGUAUGGAUUUUUUUUUUUUGGGAGUUAGGUAUGUAUCUUCUGCACACAA